CUUUUAUACUUUAUCCGUAAUCAUAAGAAAGGUCGAGAGGGAGACCCGUAGAGUGAGCGCUCCGCUUCACGACGACGGCGAUGACGAUGGCGCUCGCGAGUUCGCUCGCUUCCCUUAGCAUCUCCUCCAAUUCCUUCUUCGGCCAGCCUCUAUCUCCCCCGCUCUUAUUCGCGCCGACCAAAUUGGUGCGUCAACCAGGCACUAUAGUGAUGAAGCUCAAGCGCUGGGAGCGCAAGGAGUGUAAACCGAAUAGUCUUCCCGUGCUGCACAAGAUGCACGUCAAAGUAGGGGACACAGUCCAACUUAUCACAGGCCAUGAGAAAGGUAAGGUUGGAGAAAUUACACGCAUUUUCAGGCAUAAUAGCACUGUGAUAAUAGAAGGCUUGAACUUGAAGACAAAGCACACAAAGAGCAGAGAACAAGGAGAACCUGGCCAAAUUGUGAAGAUUGAAGGAGCAAUCCACAGCUCAAAUGUGAUGCUAUACUCAAAAGAAAAAAAAGUGGCGAGCAGAGUGGGUCACAAAAUCCUCGAGGAUGGAACAAGGGUGCGUUAUCUUAUCAAGACUGGUGAGAUCAUUGACGGCGCAGAGAACUGGAAAAAGGCUAUCAAAGAACGAAAGGAAAAGACAGUAGAGAAGGCCAGUUAGUAUGAAGGCAUCAUGUUUUGGUCAUGUAUUAACUUAUAAAUAUAACAGAUUUCAUGGUAGCAUGUAAACUCUCAUUUUUCAUUGUCGUUAUGGAAGAACUAAGUUUAUCA